AUGACCAGUCACGGGUCACGAACAGGUAAUUUCAAUGGAGCAUCGGCGUUGUACGGAACUUGUAAUCGUUUCUUUGGAACCUUACUUAGGUACAGACUUGAUACAUGCACACAUCAAAGAUCCUUGGACAACGCCAUAUCAGAAAAUUUACCAGAGGAACAGGCGGGAGCCGUGUUCCCACGAGCGGCCUGCGGUGAGGCCCGUUAUCUUCACGCCAUAUUUUUUUUUCCAUUUACUCACCGUGAAAUCUUCCAUUUCAAACAGAGCAGAGUCUUGCUCACUGCCGAAAGAAGAAAGCGAUUCAGGAAUAGGCGAAGAAUGAAAGAGGUUAAAACGGAAGAAGAAAGUGAAUUAGGGGAUGCCCCCGUCCACAAAAAGAGACAGGAUUUAAUCAUAUAA